AUGACCAAGUUGAAAGUAGUCGCUCUUUUUUCAAUGACGCUGUUGUGUUUCCUUCUGACAGCUGUGACUUGCCAACCAUUGAGAUUACGCUUUAAUUCCAACUCGAAGAGAAAUUUACACAUUGCAGGUGGAACAUUGGCAAGCGAAAAUGAAUUUCCGUUUUUGGUUUCUUUUCAAAUGGUGGAUGCGACAGCAACAUCCACCACACAUUUUUGUGGAGGUUCUAUCAUUGCUCCGAAUGUUAUCUUGUCGGCAGCUCACUGCUUUUUCGACGGUAAUGGAAAUCCACUCUCUCCCUCUACUGUUCAAGUCGUCGCUGGAAGAAGCAACAAUUACUGUCAAGACCUUUCAAAAUGCAAUUACGGAAUUGCUCAAUCCAUUCAAAUUCAUCCCAAUUACAACAAACAAACACUCAUGCAUGACAUUGCCAUUAUCAUAUUGGAUCGAAAUUUACAAAUUGAUGGAACUACGACUCGUUUGGCCUAUAUUGAAAGUGGUUCUGUUCCAACCACAAAGAAUUUAGCUGUCACUGUCGCUGGUUGGGGAUAUAUCGAUAGUACGAAUACAGUUCAGACCAAUUUGAGAAAAGUGAAUGUACCUGUCGUGACUGAUGCCACUUGUGGUCAGGGAGCAACGUCACCCAAUCAGAUUUGUGCUGGAGAUGGAGCUGGACAUGAUUCAUGUUCUGGCGAUUCGGGUGGUCCCUUAUUUAGAUCUCUUUCCUCAACAAAAGAUUUUGUUGUAAUUGGUGUGGUUUCUUUUGGACCUGCUGGUUGUGGAGCUGGUUAUGAAUCCAAUCGAGGAGUUUACACCAAUACCACCCAUUAUUUGGAUACAUUUAUUAAGCAAUAUGCUUCAUCGGUGCAAACCAAUGCUUAUAGUGGUGAUUCGACGCUGAAUGGUGAACGUUCUUCAAUGGCCUCUCGAGUUGGAAUUGUGUAUGGUGGAUGGUACUGUUGCUUGUUGGUGGUGAUGAUGAUGACGAUCAUGUAUGGUUAUCGGUGGUAG